CAUCGACGAUUGUGUGCCGUGGGGUUGUCAAACGGUGAAUUUCAGAUUUGGAAGGGCACGGAGAGCCGGCAAAGUGUAUUGUCGUUUUAUUUUGUAGAAUACCCCGAAUUUCGUACAUUCUGGCGUUACGAUAAAUAAACGUCGUUGCCGAAAAUGUUGUACGUGCGAGAGUCUCUGUUUUCGCUAAUUAUCUUCUUUAGUUGUAGCAUUUUAGUUCUUUCCGAGAUUCCACGUCCCCGUGGAGUAUCUAUUUCUAAGGCGAAUCUCUAUGCGCCCGGUGAAAGUUUCCUAUGUCUAGACGGGCUGAAAAAAAUCAAAUAUACCCAGGUAAACGAUGAUUUUUGCGAUUGUGCCGAUGGUAGUGAUGAGCCUGGUACGUCAGCAUGUCCAACAGGAACUUUCCAUUGUACCAAUGCUGGUCAUCGCCCUAAAAACAUUCCCAGUUCACGUGUAAACGAUGGUAUCUGUGAUUGCUGUGAUGCUAGUGAUGAAUACGAUUCGGGUGCUGGAUGCAUAAACAAUUGUAAUGAAUUGGGUCGUGAGGAAAGACAACGCGAAAAAACGCGCCAAGAGCUUGUCAAAAAGGGUAGUGGGUUAAAAGUUGAAUUAAGUAAUCGAGGUAAAGUUCUGAAAGCUGAACGGGCAGGCCGUUUAGCUGAAUUGGAGCAACGUAAAGCCGAAGUAGAACGUAUUAAACAAGAAAAAGAAGAAAUUAAAAAAGAAGCAGAAGAUAUUGAGAAUCAAGCAUUGCAAAUCUAUCGAGAUGCGAAAGAUAAAGAGAAAGAGCAACAGCGACAAGAAGAAUCUGAAAAAACUAAAGCUGAAGCUCAGGAAACAUUUAUUAAAUUCGAUUCUAAUCAGGAUGGAAUCAUUGAAAUAAAUGAAAUUCGUACUCGUAUUACAUUUGAUAAAGACAGAAACGGUGAAGUGUCUAUUGAAGAAGCGAAAUUUUUCUUAGAUGAUAAGGAUCAAGUUGAUUGGGAUCAAUUUUUGAAUUUUGCAUGGCCUAGAAUAAAGCCUUUUAUGAUGCUUGAUUCGGGUCUAUUCCAACCACCGAUAAUUGAAAAAGAAACUGAGAAACCUACCACGAACGAAAAGCACGAAGAAUUGACUGAACAUGAAGAUGAUGGAGAGGGAGUUUCAGAUAGCGAGUCUGAAGAUGAUGAACGACAUGUUGACGAAGAAGGAGAUGAAGGUGAAGAAGAACAUGAAGAUGUUGAACCUACAGGUGAAGCAGAAGAAGUAGAUCAUGGUAACCAACCUGAUUACGAUCCGGAAACACAACAAGUAAUCGAACUAGCAAAUGCUGCACGAAACGAUUUCAACGAAGCUGACAGAACUGUGCGUGAAGUUGAAACGGAAAUAAGAAAGAUCAAAGAAAUGUUGGAGAAAGAUUACGGAACGGAUGAAGAGUACGCACCACUCGAAGGAGAAUGUUUUGAAUAUGAAGAUAGAGAAUAUGUUUAUAAAUUAUGUCCAUUUGAUCGAGCCUCGCAACAACCGCGUUCAGGAGGUAGUGAAACAAGAUUGGGAUCAUGGGAGAGAUGGAGCGGAACCGAUAAUAAAUACAGUCAAAUGUUAUUCAGUAAUGGAGCCUCAUGCUGGAAUGGUCCCCAACGUUCAGCGGUUAUCGAAGUUCACUGCGGAUUGGAGAACCUGGUAACAUCCGUAACAGAACCAAAUCGAUGUGAAUAUCAUUUCGUAUUCCAAACACCAGCCGCAUGCCAAGCCAGCUCAGAAUCUGAUUUGAAGGAUGCUCACGAUGAGUUAUAAAGGAUCAUUAUAUAGAUAUUAAUUAUUAAUUUGGAAUAUGUUUUUAAAUUUAUUAUAGAAAGUCUUUCUCACCGUAGAUGAGCAGUUGAAAAAGUUGUAUGUUCUCUUUUUUCAUUUUUAAAUGUGCGUAUAUAUGCCGUGGAAAUUGAAAAUCGAUUACUAUUUUGCAUUUCAUUUUUUGUCAAUCAAAACACACACGAACUCAUUAAAGUAGUUUUAACUUAAGAAUCGAAAGUGUUUGUCGUCAUGUAAAAAAGUGGAAAAAGUUUUUACAUUCCCAUCGGACAUUAUGUCAAAUUAAAAGAUUUUAGAAAAUAAAA